AUGUUGUCUUUGUUGGGUCGAUCAACCUCAGCAGCAUAUCGUCCAGCUGUGGUAAUUCUUGCCCAAAUUCAACCGCAGUCUACGCAUUCAGCUGUUGCAACUCCUCAUCCUGAGACUGCAAAAGAUCCACAACCUAUUGUAAGCUCCCAGGCGUCACAAUUUAGGAAAGGAACCGGUGGACGUGCUUCAUUCUCCGGCAAUGUUGUGACAGUUUUCGGAGCUACCGGUUUCAUGGGGCUUCCCGUCAUCAAUAGACUGGCAAAGAUGGGAACCCAAAUCAUCAUCCCUUAUCGACAAGAUCCUUAUUAUCUGAAAGAGCACAAGAUCCCUGGAGAAUAUGGGCAGAUUCUUUUCUUCCCUUUCGAGCUUGAUGAUGAGCAGAGCAUUAGGAAGGUGGUGCGAUAUUCAAACAUUGUCAUCAACAUGAUUGGAACUAGAGUUCCUACUAAGUGA